AUGGGCCAAUCGAGCAAAGAUUGUCAUCAUCAUCGCGGUAGGCCAAGGCAAGAGAUGCAAACAUCCAGCAAGAACAAGCAAUUAGCUGGAUUAAUGCUCCACGAUGCAAUCGCUGGAGGAUUUGCUGGAUUAAUAACACGCUUUCUUACUUCACCGCUUGAUGUCAUCAAGAUUAGGUUUCAAUUGCAGCUUGAAUCAACCUUUAAGACACAAAAACAAAAUUCAAAGUACUUUGGAAUCUAUCAAUCCAUGAUAAAAAUUAUUUCGGAAGAAGGUCUAUUAGCAUUAUGGAAAGGACAAAUGGCUGGCCAACUCUUGUCCAUCACCUAUGGAGGCGUGCAAUUCAUGUCAUAUAAUUUCAGUAAAAAAGUCAUCUAUGAACUACAUCAGCAAAAUAUAAUUUCUCCAUUACAACCUAACGUCGUCAGCUUCGUUUGUGGCAGCAUAGCUGGCCUUACUGCUUCAACAGUAGCUCACCCUCUGGAUGUCUUGCGUACAAGAUUUGUCGCUCAAGGCGAACCUAAGUAUUAUAUUAGCUAUAAACACGCCUUAGCUAAGAUGGGCAAAGAUGAAGGGAUAAGAUCAUUUUAUAAAGGUUUAUCACCAACAUUACUAUGCAUAGUACCUCAGACUGGUCUGCAAUUCGCGUUUUACGAAUUUUUUAUCCGAGAACUGAGAAGGUACUCAGUGGCUACAAGUAAUGGAAAAGGGAAUUUAAACAAAAAUGGCGUCGAUAUAACUGUAAGUGGAGGCGCUGCCGGAAUUUUUAGUAAAAGCAUCAUCUAUCCACUUGAUGUGGCUAAAAAACGAUUAGAGGUAAAUGGCUUUGUAAAGCCCCGAGAAAAAUUUGGUCAAGUAGAUAAAUACAAUAGUCUUAAAGACUGUUUUCUGAAAAUAUGGUCCACUGAAGGCCUAGCUGGCUUUUAUAAAGGACUCUCUCCUAGCCUUGUUAAGGCAGCAUUAUCCUCCUCACUGAUGUUUUUCUUGUACGAAAAGAGUAUUUAUUAUCUUAACAGAACACGAAAAGAUAGCUGA